UCUCAGUCUGAAUCUCGAUUCCAAUACAAGUCUCGUUUAUUUUGUGUUUGUGGAUGAAUAUCCGAUUGGUGGGUUCUCGUUUGAAUGUCUUCGGGCUUAAAACGGUGCGUGUUUCAGCGAGUUUUAGGUCUGAGAACUUUUCAAUUGUUCAGCAUUGAUGCUUCGUUUCAUUGUUUUCGCUUUUUUUCUCUGUCAUACGUGACUGUUUUCUGCAUUUUUAAUUGAGUUUGAAGCUUUGUUCGAUCAGAGCGGUCGGUCGAGCUCUCAUUUGAAGCUUGUAGUCGCAAAAACAGAGUAAACUCCAAAACAAGGUCUUUCUUCUCUCUGGUCCUUUCGCAAUUGGUGUUAGACUGAAUUCAAAUGCCUCUUUUCAAAAGAAAGCCAUUUUUCCUGGUGGAACCACCCAACGAUCUGGAGCCUAAUGAGCAAGUAUUCCAAGUCCGUUUCACUAAGGAGAUAUUUCGUGAUUAUCCAACAUAUCUGCAAAAGCUAAAUCUAUAUCGUCAGAGAGUCUGGACAUGUAAAGUUACCGGGAAAACAAGCUUAACUUAUGAAGAGGCUUUGGUCUCAGAGCAACGUGCAACAGAGAAGGUUCAACAGUUUCCGAAAGAACUAAUGGAACCUGUAUUACAUAUGAUCCAAUUCAGCAUGCUCAAGUUGGGCGAUCUUGUAAAAUCAAUCUGCACAAAGUUGCAAGAACGCUUUAUGGAAGGCUUGGAAGUAAAUGGAAGAAAAGAUAAUUGUGUUUACCCAUGCAAAAUACUUAGGGUUCUGGAGGAUGUUGAAAUAGUUCAGUAUGAAGUAGGAUGGCUUAGCAAUGAUAAGAAAGUGACCGGUAGUUCAAUAGUAAAUGUGGAUGAUCUGAUAUUGAAGAAGCUGCCUUUCACUAGGAAUGUACUUAAGUCAUUUAUUAGAGAAUCCACUUCAAGAAGUUUUCCAUGGGUGGUUCAUGAUAAACUGGCAAAGAAGCAUGGAAUUUCCACUGAAACUCCAGAAGAGCUGCGAGAGAAACUCUCCACUCAGGAUGGAUGCCUGGGAAGCAAUAGACGCAGGAAAAGCAAAGAAGCUAGCAAAACUGUCUCAUAUACUAAAAAUGAGGAGGCCAACAAAGGGAAAAAACUGGGAACUGAGAACUCUGAAGGCUUGACCAUGAGAAAGAAGGCAAGGAAAGAAAUUGAAAAACCAGAGGAACCAAUUAGAUACCCAAUUGAGGAUCAUUUAGUCCAACCUGGAGCUGAUGAUCCAGUUUUCACUGAUCGCCCGUCUCCAUCAAGGGAUUUUGGUGUUCCAAUGGAAUGUGUUGGUCACCUUCUAAUGGUUUGGGACUUCUUCUCUUCAUUUGCCAGGUUGUUGAACCUGUGGCCAUUCUCCCUUGAAGAUUUUGAAAAUGCAAUUUGCCACAAGGAUAGCAAUCUUAUUCUCGUAGUGGAAUCACAUUCAGCAGUUCUUCGUUUGCUAAUGAAAGACAAUGGUGGCUACUUCAUGGUCAUAAAGGGAAAAAGGCGGAAACCAAAGAUAUCUGUAAUGAAUUGGACAGACUAUUUGUGUGACUUCUUAGAGAUGGAAGAUAUACCAGAAUUAUCCACUCAUAUAGGAACAAUAAAACAGGGUCAUUAUGGCCUUCUAGAUACUCAAGCUAAAUUGGGCAUCUUGCGGGAGCUGGUUGAUCAGGCCCUUGCAACCAAUGCUAUCAGGGAGAUGUUGGAUAAAUAUAUUGAACAACAUCAGACACUUGCAGCCACGAGGAGGGGAGAGGCCUUGGAGGAAGCUAGAAAGCGGAGAGAGGAGAAGGAACUUUUGAAAGCGCACUCUGACACCAAAGGAGUACUACAGGAUUAUACCCUGGAAAAUGGGGAACAAAUUCUGAACAUAUGUGAGAAUGGCAAUAGCAUUGGGACAAUUGGAGACAUUCCAGACAAAGAAGAUCGGAAGGAGGGGAACCAUGCAUCAGAAAACAGUGAAAGCCAUCAUGUGAACAUAGCAUCAAGGGAAGUCAAGCAACAGAAGAAUAUGAAGGUCACUCUGGAGGAUAUGCUAGUGUCAUCUAACAUGGAGGAUCACAGAAAAGAACUGCAAAGGAAGAAAGAUAAAGAGAAGGAAGCUCAGGAGAAGAAAAGUAGCGAGAAAAGGAAGGAACAUCUUGAACGAGAGAUGGAGAAAUGUUUUGUUCGCACCCACCCUUUGGGGAAAGAUAGAAAUUAUAACAGGUAUUGGUUUUUCAAGCGUGAUGGAAGGAUUUUUGUUGAGAGUUGUGACUCCAAGCUGUGGGGAUAUUACAAUGUGAAGGAAGAGCUUGAUGCAUUGAUGGGUUCACUGAAUUGUAAAGGGGAGAGGGAGAGGGCUCUUAAAAAGCAGCUUGAGAAAUAUUAUAACAGAAUAUGCCCUGCAUUGCAGAAGAGAUCUAGGGAUAUUGCUCAAAAGAUUGCAUUGGAAGAGGCUGUGGUUCGGAGGUCAACACGUGUCCGUGCCCCACCGAGGGACAGUCCAGCUUUGGCAUUCCUCCGGUAUGUCAACAAGUGGAAGGACUGACACCUGGUGCGUUUGGAAAUGGGUUAUUUCUACUAGAUUAAGUGGAUGCAAGGUAUGGGAAGUUUUCAAGUUAUGUCCUCAUUAUAUUCUUUGACGGCACUAUUUUUUGUGGAGCUUCAUGUUCCAGUAUCUUCAUGAUGGACUUGCAUUUGAUUGGAAUCUAUAUGGAAGAAUAUUCCUUACACCAUACAGCCAAGGACAGAUAGUCUGACAAACUUAAUCUCAAGACCCCAGAUAAAAUGGAGUUGGUGAAGUCUCUUGUUUUCUAGAAUUUUGGAGGUUACUUAUUGUCAGUUUUGCUGUGAUGAUAUCCCCAUUCAGUUUUGUAAAUUGAACUUGUGCAGUACCAUUAAUCCAAUUAAUGCAAUAGAUUAUACAUGAAUUAUAUGUAGAAUCUCGCAUU